AACAUCCAUUCACCCCACCCUCUCGCUCACGCGCACACACGCCCGCGCGCAUUAAACUCUGAGAUGCCCAUCCCGUCCCGUGCACCAGUGCCUGCAGUCGCAGGAGCUAGCUAGUUGAGAUUUCGCCGCAGCAAUGGGGAUCUGCUGCAGCAGGGAAGGAGGGGGGAAGGAGCUCGAGGAGACGGAGGGUUGGUUCCCGUGGAAGCACGACGACUUCUUGCAGGAGCAGCUCGCCGGCGCCGCCGGCGUGUCCAUGCACACCAAGCAAGGGUGGAAGGGCGUCAACCAGGACGCCAUGGCCGCCUGCCAGGACUUCGCCGGGCACAAGGGCCAGAUCUUCUGUGGGGUCUUCGACGGGCACGGCCCCCUCGGCCGGGACGUCGCUCGGCAUGUCCGGGACUCCCUUCCGAAGAAGCUGUCUGCCUCAAUGGCACCUAGAGCUGAAGACGAUGCCCCCUCCAGCAACGCAGACGUGGAUUCGUUUGACAAGUCGGAUUGCACCUCGUCCAGCGACACCAGCGAUGAGCACCAGCUGCUGUCCUCGUGGAAGAGCUUGAUCGUGAAGGCGUUCGAGGACGUCGACGAGGAGCUGAGGCAGCAUUCCGGGAUCGACUGCAUUUGCAGUGGCACCACUGCUGUCACCGUCGUUAGGCAGGGUGAUCACUUGAUCAUUGCCAAUUUAGGCGAUUCGCGCGCUGUUCUCUGUGCCCGCGAUGGCAAGAACCGUCCGGUUUCGGUGCAAAUCACUACCGACUUGAAACCAGAUCUUCCUGGUGAGGCUGAGAGGAUCCUGAGUUGCAAGGGGAGAAUCUUCGCCAUGGACGAUGAGCCCGACGUGCCGAGGCUGUGGUUGCCGGACCAGGACGCGCCGGGCCUCGCCAUGGCGAGGGCUUUUGGAGACUUCUGCCUCAAGAACCAUGGGCUCAUCUGCACACCCGAAGUGUACUACAGGAAGCUGUCUGAAAGGGAUGACUUCUUGGUGCUUGCCACGGAUGGGAUUUGGGACGUGCUAUCCAACAAGGAGGUGGUUAAGAUUGUCUCGUCGGCCUCCGACCGCUCAAAGGCGGCAAAGCAGCUCGUGGACCGGGCGGUUCGCGCGUGGCGCCGCAAGUUCCCGACGUCGAUGGUCGAUGAUUGCGCCGCCGUCUGCCUCUUCCUGAAGCCAGCAGCCAUUUCAUGUGAGGAAGACAGCACGACCAAGCCGCCUCAGGCACCCGUGCUGUCGUUCACCGGGAGUUUCCGCAAGGCUCUGAGCGGCGGCGGUGAGGCGGAGGAGGGGACGGCGGUGUGGAGGGCGCUGGAGGGGGUGGCUCGGGUGAACUCGGUGAUCCGGCUUCCCAGGAUGCUGAGCCGGCGGUGGCGGUCGGCGUCCAUGGAUGAGAACAACGACCACGAAUCAUCCAAGGUUGAUUGACUGAUCGAUUCAUGCUCAUGCAUUGCCAAACUUAAAAGGAUAAUGUUUCAGAACUUGAUUGAUAGUUUCAUACAUCGUGUUCGCGCAUUCAGGCUGUUCAGAUUGAACAUUAAUUCGGUUGGCAUGUACGUACGUACGCUUGUUGGGUUUGGUGCGUGUUGUGGUACCGAUUAGACAAGAGACAUGACCCAAGUUUGUAAUGGAUUCAGCAUUUUAUAACUCAAAAAAUGAAUUGGCGCCA